CCAAAGGGCUGGAAGAAACAACAAGAAAUACGGAGAAAAGGGUGACCGCGCAUGCGCCUUUCUGUUUCCUAUACCCGACCUUGCAAGCAGACAACGUCGGGUUGGAGUGCAGAGCGAGGUUUGAAUGAUGCCGGGUAGAAGGUGAAGUUAGCACAGCCGUUGUGCGAGCGGCAUGAUACCUCUUCCCAUUCCUCAGGAGUAAUGGACAGGUAACAGGAUACUCUUCUGCUGUGGUGUCAGAGAGUAAGAAUGACAGAGUGCUUCCUGCCCCCCACAAGCAGUCCCAGCGAACACCGCAGGGUAGAGCAUGGUGGAAGUCUGGCCAGGACUCCAAGCUCUGAAGAAAUCAGCCCAACGAAAUUCCCUGGUUUAUAUCGCACGAGUGAGCCUUCACCGCCUCAUGACAGCCUCCACGAACCUCCUGAUAUUGUGUCUGAUGAUGAGAAAGAACAUGGGAAGAAGAAAGGGAAAUUUAAGAAAAAGGAGAAAAGAACGGAAGGUUAUGCAGCUUUUCAGGAAGAUAGCUCAGGGGAUGAAGCUGAAAGUCCUUCUAAGCUAAAACGCUCUAAAGGGAUUCAUGUUUUUAAGAAGCCAAGUUUCUCCAAAAAGAAGGAAAAAGACUUUAAGAUAAAAGAAAAACCCAAAGACGAAAAGCAUAAGGAGGACAAGCACAAGGAAGAGAAGCACAAAGAGAAGAAAUCAAAAGAUUUGACGGCAGCAGAUGUUGUCAAACAAUGGAAAGAGAAGAAGAAAAAGAAAAAAACACUUCAGGAGGUAGAAAUGCCACCGGUGUAUGUUCCUAGGCACAGGCCUGUGUUUGGGGUCCCUUUGAGUGAUGCAGCAGAAAGAACCAUGCUAUAUGAUGGCAUCCGUCUACCAGCAGUGUUCCGGGAAUGUAUAGAUUAUGUAGAAAAACAUGGCAUGAAAUGCGAAGGCAUCUACAGAGUGUCAGGAAUUAAAUCAAAGGUGGAUGAGUUAAAAGCAGCAUAUGACCGAGAAGAAUCCCCUAAUCUAGAGGACUAUGAGCCCAACACAGUAGCUAGCUUGUUGAAACAAUACCUGCGUGAACUUCCUGAAAACCUGCUUACCAAAGAGCUGAUGCCUCGCUUUGAAGAUGCUUGUGGGAAGAGCCUGGAGUCCGAGAAACGGCAGGAAUGCCAGCGCCUCCUGAAAGAGCUACCAGAAUGUAACUUUCUCUUGAUUUCCUGGCUGAUUGUGCAUAUGGACCAUGUCAUUGCAAAGGAGCUAGAAACAAAAAUGAAUAUCCAAAACAUUUCUAUAGUGCUCAGUCCAACUGUCCAGAUCAGCAACCGUGUCCUUUACAUGUUUUUCACUCACGUACAAGAAUUCUUUGGAAAUGUGGUCCUCAAGCCAGUAACAAAGCCUCUUCGUUGGUCUAACAUGGCAACCAUGCCAGCAUUGCCAGAAACACAGGAAAGCGUUAAAGAAGAGAUCCGACGACAGGAGUUUCUUUUGAACUGUUUGCACCGAGAUCUUCAGGUAGGGAUUAAAGAUUUAUCCAAAGAAGAAAGAUUAUGGGAAGUGCAGAGGAUUUUGACAGCUCUGAAAAGGAAGCUAAGAGAAGCUAAAAGACAAGAAUGUGAAACAAAGAUUGCACGAGAAAUUGCUAGUCUUUCAAAGGAGGAUGUUUCCAAAGAAGAAAUGAAUGAAAAUGAAGAAGUUAUAAAUAUUUUACUGGCUCAGGAGAAUGAGAUUUUGACUGAACAGGAAGAACUGCUAACAAUGGAACAGUUUUUACGUCGACAAAUUGCAUCUGAAAAAGAGGAAAUAGAUCGUCUCCGAGCAGAAAUAGCAGAAAUUCAAAGUCGCCAGCAUGGUCGCAGUGAAACUGAAGAAUAUUCUUCUGAGAGUGAGAGUGAGAGUGAAGAUGAAGAAGAGUUACAGAUAAUCUUAGAAGAUUUGCAACGGCAAAAUGAAGAACUAGAGGUUAAGAAUAACCAUCUGAACCAAGCGAUUCAUGAGGAGCGUGAGGCCAUCAUUGAGCUGCGAGUACAGCUUCGCCUCUUGCAGAUGCAGCGAGCCAAAACGGAGCAGCAGGUGCAGGAAGAGGAAGAGCUUGAGAAACGAGGGGGCCCGAUGCAGCAGCAGCAGCAGCAGCAGCAGCCGCCCCUGCCAAGAGACAGUGUCCCAGAGACAAAAGCUAUGAAAGAGCAGCCAAAGGCAAUCCAGGAGUCAGUGAAGCCAUCUCCAAGCAAGGACAGAAAAGAAACCCCAAUUUAAUUGGACUUCUGAGCGCUUGGGUUCUUGCCUGUGCAAAGCCAGGACUGUGCAACUUACUGUAAAUCUGUGGCCUGUACAUUCUGUAAAUAUU